AUCUGCAUUGCAGGUGCAUAAGAAACAUCCAGGGUGCUUGUUGGCUUUGCCUAGAUGAGAACCUGCAUGUCAGGAUGGCAGCUUCCAACCUGGAGAACCAGUUGCACAGUGCCCAGAAGAACCUGCUGUUUCUGCAGCGCGAACAUGCGAACACACUGAAAGGUCUGCACGCCGAGAUCCGUCGCCUGCAGCAGCACUGCACAGAUUUAACUUAUGAGCUGACUGUAAAAAGUUCAGACUUGACAGGAAAUGGUAGCUCAAGAAGUGAUGAGCUUAAAAGAAAGUGUGAAGAACUGGAAGCUCAGCUGAAAGUCAAAGAGGCUGAAAACAAUGAGUUAUUGAAAGAACUUGAACAGAAAAAUGCAAUGAUAAUGGUGCUGGAAAAUACUAUUAAAGAAAGAGAAAAGAAGUAUUUAGAAGAGUUAAAAAUGAAAAGCCAUAAGCUAAAUAUGCUGUCGAGUGAACUAGAGCAGCGAGCGAGCACCAUUGCGUAUUUGACGUCUCAGCUCCACGCCACCAAGAAGAAGCUGAUGAGCUCAGGCGGGGCUGCGGAGGGGACCCCUUCAGGCAGCCCAGUGCUGUCCAGCUACAAACCCGCCCCUCCCAAGGACAAACUGCCCGAGACGCCGCGCCGCAGGAUGAAGAAGAGCCUGUCGACCCCGCUCAACCCGGAGUUCGAAGAGGCCUACAGAAUAGGGGCGGAGAGCCGGAAGCUGCUCCUCAGGGAGCACGUGGAUGCCAUGCCGGAUCCCACGCCCUUUCUGCUGGCCCGGGAGACGGCGGAGGUGCAGCUCGUUAAGGAGAGGCCGCUGGUCACCCCCCCGAUCGCGUCCGACCGUGCGGCGGGCGAGUCGCACAGCCCGGCCCGCGAGAAGCCGCACAAGGCCCACAUCGGGGUGGCCCAUCGCAUCCACCACGCGGCGCCGCCGCCGCCGCCCCACGUGGAGACGCUCGCGGUGGAUCAGGUCAACGGCAGCAAAGUGGUGAGGAAGCACUCAGGGACGGACAGAACUGUUUGAGUAAAAUCACUGAUUGAAAUGCUCUAUUCUGUUGCUGUUUAUGCACUGUGAUCCUCUAGGAUAUAUAGCACCUGCGGUCAAGUUUCUUUUGAUGCCCUAUGCAUGCCAAACUUCUUCCAGGUCCAUCACUACUAGAUUAUUCUCCUCUAAUGAACCCCAGUAUGACUGUGUUCAUAUGGCAAGGUAUUUAACUCCUCAGUGCUGUGGCCAAAUUGGGGUCCCUAACUGCUUGCUUCUGAGCACUGCUCCACUUACUGUAAGUUCACACGUGGACAAAGGCACAGGCUGCAGUUUGCUUUAUUAACCGAUG